CUCCAUCUCAGGCUUGAACACAAUGAGAUGGACCUACGCGCUCGCCGGGCUGCUGGCCUCUGUGCUUGCAGUCCACGCGGCCGAAGUCGAGCUUAACCAAAAAGACGAGAACCGCCAGCAAUGCUCCGGCAUGUACAGCAAGAAGUCCUGGGGCGGCCAGGUCGACCCCUUUAUCCUCGUCAAGUUUGUCAAGGACAACAUUGCCAUAGAGAAGGGCGAGAAGCCCAUCGUCAGCUUGCUCAUCUUUGAAUGGGAGGACCGCGAUCUCCUGGGCAAGCCGCACGACGUCGACUAUCUGGAUAGACAAUACAUCUGCGACCCGGCCAACAUCGACAGCGGCCUUUGCAAAGAGGCUGACUUGGGCAAAUUCCUCCUUGCCGACAACGCCGAAGAGACUGAGAAGAGCCUCAUUCGCACCGAAGCCAUCGACCUUACCUCGCCCAGCGCCGUAAACUAUCCCAUCAAGAAGACUGGCUACUACUGCGUCGAAACAUGGACCGGCGGAGAGCAAGAGUACACGGCCAUUGUCGAAUUCAGGAACGCUUAUGGCGAGCUUCCCGCCGCUCAGAUCGCCAAGCUUCCAUUCUAUGGCGGUACCGCCAUCGUCUACGCCGUCAUCGGCAUCUUCUGGGCCUUCUUGUACGUGCAGCAUCGCCAUGACAUUCUGCCCGUGCAGAAUUACAUUACUGCCAUCAUCAUCUUCCUGGUCGUCGAGAUGCUCAUGACCUGGGGCUUCUACGACUACCAGAAUCGUUAUGGCAACAACGUGGGCACCAAGGUAUUCAUGAUUGUUGUAUCCGUUUUGAACGCCGGCAGGAAUUCCUUUUCCUUCUUCUUGCUCCUGAUAGUUUGCAUGGGUUAUGGCGUCGUCAAGCCUUCGUUGGGCAGGACUAUGGUCUACGUCCGCUGGCUCGCUUUUGCGCACUUCGUCUUCGGCGUCGUCUACGCCGUCGCUUCGCUCACCAUCCGCCCCGACGAUGCCGGCCCGCUCGUCCUUCUGGUCAUCCUGCCUUUGUCCGCUUCGCUCACGGCCUUCUAUAUCUGGACCCUGAACUCGCUCAACCUGACCAUGAAGGAUUUGGCCGACCGCAAACAGCACGUCAAGGCGCUCAUGUACAAGAAGCUCUGGUGGUGCAUCAUUGGCAGUAUCCUUGUCAUCUUUGGCUUUUUCUUCUUCAACUCGUUUGCCUUUGCUGGAGCCAGUGACCCGGACUUUGCGCCUACGCACUGGCAAACGCGCUGGUUCGUGCUUGACGGCUGGCUCAACCUUGUCUACCUCGCGGACGUUGGUUUCAUAGCCUACCUCUGGCGUCCGACAGCCAACAACAGACGCUUUGCCAUGAGUGAUGAGAUUGCUCAAGAUGAUGAAGGUUUCGAGAUCGCAUCCAUUCGCGACAGUUUUGACGAGGAGGAAGGCCAUGGCGGCGUCAACCCGCCCGCCUACGACCCUGUCCGCUCAAACGACCGGGUUAACAGAAACACGACGCCAGCAGAAGAGGCCGAGCACUACCGCUCAGAAUCUCCGCUGCCGGCGCCGCGCCCACAGAAACCGUCGAACCUUCCGCGCGAGAGCUUGGAUGGCGAUACAAUCUUUGCGGUUGGCGAUGACGACAAAUGGUCUGACGAUGAGCUGGAUAGCCCCAGUGGUGCGGGGCCACAGGACGGCGAGGAAAGGAAAAGGCUUACAAGUAGCAAGGACGACUGAGAGCGCUCGGCUGGGAUAGGUGAAGGAUCGAAGCUGCACCUGUAACAUCGUCAUUCUGUUGAUCCACGAAAAGCGAAAGUGGUGGGUCUUGAAGAUGAGGGUCCAAAGUUUUUUUUUUUCUUUUUGCACACGCAUGGCAUAGGCGUUAUAGGACCGUUGAAAGUGAAUGUCAGGGUCUUUUUCGGCAUACAUAAGUCUACAUCACCAUGCUGCGAGAGCGAGACCUCCAGUGUGCCAGCGAGGUCAUAAUCACGUCAAUGGAUGCACCUAUCCAUGUGCAUUCCCAGUACUGAUCUUCCCAGAGUCUCCACUUGAGAGUUGUUUUUACCUGGAACCUGCAGCUAUUUUGCUUGCGUAUGAUAUGCCGGCUGAAGUAGCCGCGGAGUUGGCUCCGAGCAGAUAAUGUCAUAGCCGGAUGACGUUUGACGCUUUCGAAAUGCGGCAUCUUGAGGCGACCUUCCAUGUGUGCUUGCACCGCUU